UUUCGUUGAUUUCGAUACAUAAUUCCUUAAUUUAUUACCUCUUAUGAAUUAUUAAAUUGUAAAGCAUUAAUAAUUAUUCUAAGUAGGAUUAAGAAUAGUGCAUGAUAUCUUUAUACUGAACACACAAAUUUUACUACGACUAACAUAAGUAAGUGAUUUACUCCCAAAGAAUAUUGCAAGAAAAAGCCAAGUUACUAAUAUUAUCUUUGAAUCGAUCUAUGAAACAAACCAGCGGUUCGUUGUGAAUAUAUUAUCGUUAUGUCAACAAAAUUAUGAGCUAACCGAUAAGCAAAGGUAUUAGCAAUAUUAAAACUCCUAUCAAGAUGUCUUUGGAUCGUGAAAGUAUAGGAGGUAUACCUCCAGUCACCAAUGUUGUUGCAGCUGCAGAUCCUCGCUCACAACUUCUACAAGAAAUGCGAGAACAAAACUUUGAUCUAAUCAGAUUUGCAUCAUACAGAACAGCUUGUAAACUGCGCUUUGUACAAAAGAAGUGCAACUUACAUGUCAUAGACAUAUGGAAUGUGAUAGAAGCAUUUCGUGAGAACGCACUCAAUACAUUAGAGCCAACAGCCUGUGUAAACGUCACAAGAUUAGAAACUUUAGUGUCAUCUCUGUAUCAUAAUCUCAAUAAACGCUUACCGCCUGCUCACCAAGUUUCAGUAGAAGCGUGCUCAGCUUUACUCUUAAACUGGCUAUUGUCAGCAUACAGUACUGGUGAGAAUGUGGGAAAAAUCAGAGUAUUCUCAAUUAAAGUGGCAUUAGCUACAAUGUGCGCUGGUAAACUUAUGGAUAAACUACGAUAUAUAUUUUCGCAAUUAUCAGAUGGUAAUGGUCAUUUAUUGAUGAAGAGACUGUCUGACUAUCUACGUGAAGUACUGGCCUUGCCUGCAGCUGUGUAUGAGUCACCAUCGUUUAGUUAUAAUGAUACAUUGGCACUAACUAUUUUUAAUCAGAAUGGAAAGAUAACAGUGAAUGACUUCCUAGACACAUUAAUGUCUGAUCCUGGUCCUCCAUGCCUGGUCUGGCUACCAUUAUUGCAUCGCCUUGCCAGUGUUGAAAAUGUGGUGCACCCGAUGUCGUGCAGCGCGUGCCGGCGCGGCUCGCUCACCGGCUUCCGGUACCGCUGCACGCGCUGCGCCAGCUGCACGCUCUGCCAGGACUGCUUCUGGCGGGGCCGCCCGGCGCCGCCGCACGCCGACGACCACGAGGUCAAGGAGUACGCCUCAUACAAAUCUCCGUCGAAGCAGAUCGGCGCUACGUUACGGAAGUCGUUCCGCUGCGUUCCCGAACGGGCCCGAGCUCAGCUGCCGCGGUACCCCGAUCAACCAGAGAGGACGCUCAACCUCAGCCAUAUUGUGCCUCCGUCCCCAGUGCCGGCCCACAACGGCUUCCCGGAGUACGUGGGUGGCUACGUCAACACGGGCUCUUUGGAUUCACGUUCGUCCCGAUCCACACAUCGCAGUAUAGCAGAGCAUCUAUCGCGUGGAGUGGACGACGAGCACCGCCUCAUAGCGCGGUACGCGGCUAGACUGGCCCAGGAAAAUCGGACCAUGCCUCGUGCUGGAAGAUCGGCCUCCUUGACCCCUGAGUUGGGUCGUUCGUCGUCCGAAGGCUCGGAAGUGGACGCGGCUCGACAACAGCGCGAGCUCAUCUCACAGCUGGAGGCUAAGAAUCGAGAAAUUAUGAGGGAAAUAGCGAGACUCAGACGCCAACAGGAAGCCGAAGCCGGUGCUGGUUCGACGUCGGCCCCGCCGCUGGUGUCGGAGCUGAGAGCCCUCAGACAACGGAAGGACGAACUCGAAGGACAUCUCUCCUCGCUUCAGGACUCCAGGAAACACCUAAUGCAGCAGCUCGAGGGACUCAUGAGGAUGCUGAAGACACAACAAUCAUCACCGCGUUCGACGCCCAAUUCGUCUCCUAGAUCCACCAAAAGUCCACCUUUGCCGGGAGCUCAAACUCAACCGUCUGCACCGGAAAGAGACACGAGCGGCCGCGGCAACGUGAGAAGCGCGCCUCAAACGCCAUCUCUCGGCGAGAGAGAGCGGAUCGACAUGACGCACAGUCUCGGUGCAAUGGAGAGCAUGUCCAAUGAAACGAGAUGCUUCCCUCAGAACCAAAGGCCUACGACCAUGGGCAUAGACAAUCGUAGUCUAAGGAGCGACCUUCUAUACGCUGCGGAUUCUGUGACGAACGCCAUGUCCACUCUGGUCAGAGAACUCAAUUCAGAGGGCUCAGACACCGAAGAUACGGUUAAAGGCGAUUCGAGAAAGCAAAGAGAUUUUGAAGAGGACGACGAUAGCGACGAGCCAAUGCCUAGACCUCAACCGCCGAGACACUAUCUACACGAUACUAAUGUACAAAGCAUAAGCACCUAGUCACGAAACGUAAUUUGCAAUUAUUUUUUGAGGAUACGCCUCCUCCGCUGCCGGCUCGCACGGGACAUUACUAUCCUCGGACAUAACCGCACGUACUCGAACCUACUAAGCACUAUGUACUAUAUGACUAUUAUAUACUUAACUAGUUUUAAUAUAUAAAUAAUAUCUACUGCAGAUGUACCGACCUUCAAAAAAAUCACGGACACUAGCGCUAUCUAUGUAUCGCGGAGUAAAUAUGAAUAGUUUGGAACGAUUAAUUAUUAAAGAUAAAAUCAAUUCGUUUUCUCCUGUUAUGUGUAAUAAAUAAAUAUAUAUUUUGUGUUGUAGUCUGUGUAUCUCCAAUGAGAGUGACUGCGCAUAUUUUGUUUUGUUGGUUCGAUGAUUUUUUCAUAAUAGAUGUCGUUGUAUUAGAGUUAAUCCCCUGUAUUCGUCGCCGUAUAAAAAAUAAAAUGAAGAUAGUAUACGCGAAAUUAAAAGAUACGUUCUCAUAUACCGACUUAAAAUAAAAUUUAGUUAUGUGUGAGCCCAGAUUGGAGCUAAUGUCCGUGAUUUACAUUUGAGAACAAAAUUUUGGUAUAUUUUGUGCAUCUCUAUAAGGACAAUAUUAAUGAAAAAAAAAAAAACUAUUUUCUUGUAAUAAUAUUAAAACCGACCGACCCAACUGAAGUGUAAUGAUUGAAAAAAUUUUAAAUUUAUUCUAUUUGAAAAAUUCAUUGUCAUUAAAAAUAUAUAUAUAUACAUAUUUCGAAGAUAGCUUUAUGUUAUUUGUUUUCUGUAAAUAUAAGUACUUAAGCUGGUACAGGCAACUUAAUCGUCUUCUAAUGUACUUAAUCCACGUUCAAGUUGCGUUGCUGCCCCGGGUCCACUGCUCUGGUACGUUCCGAUUAACUUGCGUCAGCUUAGGCAGUGUUUCAAUACAAAAUACAUUUGUUGUACCAUACAUAGUUUUAGAAUCGUCAAAUUAAUCUGUUAGGUUAGCAAAUGCACUAUUAGAUUUCUUUGAUACUGUUUUUUGAGUGUUGUGAUUGAUUUAAUUAAUGCUUAAUAUGAA